AUGCCUCCCAUUCCCCUUCCUCAAAAGCUCAAGAAGAACAAACAAGACACAAACUAUGAAAAAUUUCUCGAUGUUCUCAAGAAGCUCCAGAUCAAUGUUCCAAAUGUUGACAAAGAAAAGAAACUUCCGGAGUUUGAAACUGUGGCAUUAACUGAGGAAAGUAGUGCAAAAGUCCAAAGAAAAUUGCCUCCUAAAUUGAAGGAUCCAGAGAGUUUUACUUUACCAGUUUCAAUUGGAAAUUCCUAUUCAACUAAUGCAUUGUGUGACACUGGUGAUAGUAUCAAUCUAAUGUCGUAUUCUGCUUACAAGAAAUUGGGACUAGAUGAAGUCAACUCAACAUCAAUAACGCUACAACUCGCUGAUAGAAUAAUCGCAAGGCCACGUGGCAAAGUUGAGGAUAUACUCGUAAGAGUAGGAAAUUUAAUAUUUCCUGUGGAUUUCAUUGUAUUAAACAUACCAGAAGAUCGAGACAUUCCAAUUAUAUUGGGUCAACCAUUCUUAGCAACGGGACAAACCCUUAUUGACAUGGAGAAGGGAGAACUAAUCUUGAGGGUGGAGGACAAGCAGGAGAUAUUCAAUAUUUACAUCCAAUAUGAGAAACCUCCCAAUAAAAAUGAUUGCUAUAGAAUUGAUGAAGAAGAGCCACCUGAUCAACGAACCUGUCAGAAUAAAAAAACAAAUUUUGGAGAACUUCUUGGUAGAGAUAAGAAUGGACAAAUCAAAAUUUGGAGAGCAAAAAAGGACUGA